UUGGUCGCCUCCAAGAUUUUGACACGAGGAAGAGCGUUUUCCGCCUAAGGCGGGGUCACCGUCUCUGUUGGCAAAGUUUGGCUGCUGAGACUGAGAGCGGUCGGCAAGAUCAACAUAAGUAGAUCGAGUAUAAAUCCCGAAUCGUCCGUUUUCCAUCGCUUGCAGCCGCGGGAGCGUACAGUGUCGCGUGCGGCUGACGUGAUCUGACUGCAGUCAUGUCCGAGGACCCGAGCUCUCAACCUUGGUCUAUCGACAAGGAUGACUAUGAGCUACAGGAGGUGAUCGGGAGUGGAGCAACAGCUGUGGUCCAGGCGGCAUAUUGCAAACCCAGGAAGGAGAAGGUGGCCAUUAAACGCAUCAAUCUUGAGAAAUGCCAGACCAGCAUGGAUGAGCUCCUGAAAGAGAUCCAGGCAAUGAGCCAGUGCCAUCACCCAAAUAUUGUGUCUUAUUACACCUCCUUUGUGGUCAAGGAUGAGCUUUGGCUGGUCAUGAAGUUGCUCAGUGGUGGCUCAGUUCUGGAUUUUAUUAAGUACAUCAUUUCUAAAGGGGAGCACAAAUCGGGUGUCAUGGAUGAGUCCAGCAUUGCCACCAUACUAAAAGAGGUGCUAGAAGGUCUCGAUUAUCUGCACAAAAAUGGUCAGAUUCACAGAGAUGUGAAGGCUGGAAAUAUUCUUUUAGGAGAGGACGGCUCUGUUCAAAUUGCAGACUUUGGUGUCAGUGCCUUUUUAGCAACUGGUGGAGACAUGACUAGAAACAAAGUGAGGAAGACAUUUGUAGGAACUCCAUGCUGGAUGGCCCCUGAGGUGAUGGAGCAGGUUAGGGGUUAUGAUUUCAAAGCUGAUAUCUGGAGUUUUGGGAUCACAGCUAUUGAGUUGGCAACUGGGGCUGCUCCAUAUCACAAAUAUCCUCCAAUGAAGGUUCUCAUGUUAACUCUGCAGAAUGACCCUCCGUGUCUAGAGACUGGAGUUACAGAUAAAGAAAUGGUUAAAAAAUAUGGUAAAUCCUUUCGGAAGAUGAUCUCCUUGUGCCUCCAGAAGGAUCCAGAAAAACGGCCUACAGCUGCUGAACUUUUAAAACACAAGUUCUUCACAAAAGCCAAGAACAACGAAUACUUGAAUGAAAAAUUGCUGGAGAGGGCGCCAACAAUAGGAGAGAGAUCAAGGAAGGUGCGGAGGGUUCCGGGUUCCAGUGGUCGGCUCCAUAAGACUGAGGAUGGAGAGUGGGAAUGGAGUGAUGAUGAGCUGGAUAUGGAGAGUGAGGAAGGGAAGGCAGCAGUGGCCGCUUUACGGUCACCCAGAGUAAAGGAGGAGGCUGUGCAAAAUGCAGAGAUCUUUCCAGCGGAUCCAUUAAGCUUCCUGCAGCCAGUCGCUGCAGGACAGUCUGAAGUCCUACGUGUUGCAGAUGGCACUGCCACAAUAUCAGUGUCCUCUGCAGGCUCCCAGGCUGUUGGCGCACCUACUAUGACAGGGCAGGACUCAGCCAAAAUCCCCAUCAGCCUGGUCCUAAGAUUAAGGAACACAAAGAAAGAGCUAAACGAUAUCAGAUUUGAGUUCAUGCCGGGGAGAGACACAGCUGAUGGAGUGUCUCAAGAGCUUGUGUCUGCAGGACUAGUUGACGGAAGAGAUUUAGUUAUUGUUGCAGCCAAUUUGCAGAAAAUCGUUGAUGAUCCACAAACCAACAAAAAUGUCACUUUCAAGCUGGCAUCGGGAGUCGACAGCUCUGAAAUUCCAGAUGACGUUAAACUCAUGGGAUUUGCUCAGCUGAGUAUAAGUUAAAACGGUAUUACCAGCAACCAGGAUAAAAAAAAAAAAAAAACA